GCCCGGCGCAGCCCGCACCCGCGCCCGGGCGGAGACCUGCGCGGGCUGCACCGCUCCUACCCCGGCGGGGGGCACCGUGCCCCAUCCCCUCACCCCUGCAGCGCCUUGGCCCCGAGGAUGAGCUCCCCCAGCAGCAUCGGGCACUUCAGCGUCUGGGACUACGUGGUCUUUGCGGCCAUGCUGCUGGUGUCGGCGGCCAUCGGCAUCUACUAUGCCUUUGCGGGAGGGGGGCAGAAGACCUCCAAGGACUUCCUCAUGGGGGGCCGCAGCAUGACCGCCCUGCCCGUGGCGCUCUCUCUCACCGCCAGCUUCAUGUCAGCCGUCACAGUGCUGGGCACCCCUGCCGAGGUCUACCGCUUCGGUGCCAUCUUCAGCAUCUUUGCCAUCACCUACACCCUGGUGGUGCUGUGCAGUGCUGAGAUAUUCCUGCCCGUCUUCUACCGACUGAGUAUCACCAGCACCUAUGAGUAUUUGGAGCUUCGAUUUAAUAAAUACCUGCGUCUCUGUGGAACAGUGGUCUUCAUUGUACAAACGAGUUUAUACACUGGUAUUGUCAUUUAUGCUCCAGCUCUAGCAUUAAAUCAAGUCACAGGCUUCAACCUCUGGGGUGCAGUGGUGGCAACUGGUGUAGUCUGCACAUUCUACUGCACAUUGGGUGGCCUGAAGGCCGUGGUGUGGACAGACGUUUUCCAGGUUGGGAUAAUGAUCGCUGGAUUUUCAUCUGUGAUUAUACGAGCCGUGGUGGUUCAAGAGGGAAUUGGACGCAUUGUGAAUGAUUCCUACUAUGGAGGAAGAUUAAACUUCUGGGACUUUAAUCCCAAUCCUUUGCAAAGGCACACCUUCUGGACAAUUGUUAUAGGUGGGACCUUCACAUGGACUGGCAUAUAUGGGGUCAACCAGUCUCAAGUACAGAGAUACAUUGCAUGUAAAACCAGGUUUCACGCAAAACUGUCUCUCUAUAUCAACUUGGUGGGCCUCUGGGCAAUCCUGGUAUGCGCAGUGCUGUGCGGACUGGCGCUGUACUCCAUCUACAAGGACUGCGACCCAUGGACAGCUGAGCAAGUCUCAGCACUAGACCAGCUAAUGCCCUACCUAGUUCUGGAUAUUCUCCGUGAUUUUCCAGGAUUGCCAGGCCUUUUCGUGGCUAGUGCCUACAGUGGGACAUUAAGUACAGUGUCCUCCAGCAUCAAUGCUCUGGCUGCCGUGACCGUUGAAGACCUCAUUAGGCCACACUUCAGACCUCUCUCGGAAAAGAAACUGUCCUGGAUUUCCAUGGGGAUGAGCCUGUUUUAUGGCGGAGCGUGCAUUGCUAUGGCUGCAUUGGCAUCUCUCAUGGGAUCCUUGUUGCAGGCAGCACUAAGCAUUUUUGGCAUGGUUGGUGGUCCCCUUUUAGGACUGUUUGCCUUGGGAAUUCUCUGCUCCUUUGCAAAUGGAGUGGGUGCAUUUGUUGGUCUUGUCAGUGGCUUUGCUAUUUCACUCUGGGUUGGAAUUGGAGCUCAGAUUUAUCCUCCUCUCCCAGGGAGGACUAUUCCACUAAGUCUUUCAACUGCAGGCUGUAACAUAUCCAGCUCAAGCAAUUUCACUUCAUCAACAGAAAAUCCAUUAACAACACUCUUCCACACACAAGCUGAAGAAUAUACAAGGCCUGCUCUAGCAGACAACUGGUAUUCCUUGUCUUACCUCUACUUCAGCACACUUGGGACCCUUGUCACAAUAGCCGUGGGAAUAGUGAUCAGCCUCCUCACAGGAGGACUAAAGCAGACGACGGACCGUAAAUUCCUGCUGACCAAAGAAGACUUCCUGUCCAACUUUUCAUGGUCUAAAUCUGAGACACCAGAGAAAGUGGAAGUGUUGAACUGGAAACCAUUCACCCUGGCAUCUGAAGGAACCGACAACCCUGCUUUCAGCCACAUGGAAAUGAAGGUCUCAGGCAAUAAGGAAAAAGUCAAUGGCCUUCAUAUAUGACACGGGGCCAUGUCAGCCCAUGAGGACAGUUCUGCUUAUAUAUUAAAAGCAUUGCUGACAUUCCUGCAAUGGAUCAGUUACCAGCCUUGCUGGUGUUGUGGGCAGAAGUCUCUGCAGAGCUUUGUGGCACUGUCACGCUUGUAUGACCUUGACAUUAAGAACAUGUCAAGUGAGGAAUCAGGUCUUUCUUGCUCUUUGCUCUUGCUCUCCCUGUCUCUUGGGAUCUUUGCAACAGGGCUUAAGGUGAUGUCUCUAAGUGAAAUGUUUGCCAGAUAUUCCUGAGCCUCCUGAAAAAUACCUGCUUUUAAUCUCAGUUCACUCUCACAGCAAAUUUUUUUUAAUAAGAUCACAAUGUUCCCCCAGAAAUGGCUAUUUCUCUUGUUUGUUUUUUGGUUUUUUUAAGCCAUUGAAAGUAUGAAGAGAUUAGUACUGCAAGAUCUUAUCAGAUUGGAAGAAACACAGGUUUUUCUAAAGUACAGCAGGCGUAUUUAGUGCCAUCUGGUUGCUUAGUAGAAAUGAUCCUGAGAAUGUAUUUAUUUUGCUGUUUUUGUUGUGUAUUUUUGUUUUCAUUAAGCCACUUGUUCUCAGGUUACCUCUGUCUCCUCCUUUCUGCUCACUGCUGGGAGCUGCAAGAGUGCCUUUGGAGAUGGAUGGAGGCAAGAGUUAGUAAUAUCCUUCCUUUCACUCCCUCCCUCGCUCUUCUGCCCUGUCUUGCCCAUACAGAGCUGGUCCUCAUGAUGGAAAUGAGCUAACUGGGCUUUUCAUUCAGAUCCAUGUAGCAGAGCCACAGCAGUCUUCUUCAUGCCCACAGUGCUGGCCAAGGACCGCUCUUGCACAGGGCUGGGUCUGGCGUGGCAAAGAUGUUAAUGGAAGAGGAGUGGUCUCUUUGCUGUGCCAGAUGAGACCAUUGCAGAGAGAAGGUGGUGGCAGCUGCAGCUGCCACCUGCAGAGCUAUGCACUAAAACCUCAUGCAGCCAUUUGUGUUCUUUUGGUCCCUGUUGUGACAAUUCAGGUGCAGCCAUCACGGUUGGUCCAGAUUAGGCUAGAGCCCAUCUUGUGUUUCAGCAGGUGGGCAGACUCUGCUGCACCACCAUCCCAGGAAGGGGAAGCGAUCACAGAGGCGGUAAUUUGAGGAAGGCUUUUCCCUCUGGCUGGACUGCCGAGGGGAGCUGAAUGGCACAUCCUCCAUAACCACAUGCUUCUGUGGUUGAGAAGGGUGCAGACCCCAGUAGCUUGCUCAUACUGUGUGCUUGCUGGCGUGGCAGGGAACAGACCUGCUCUGUUGUUUGUACAGCAGGCCUUCUGCUAUAGCUAUACAUGGAUAUUAAUACUCCUCUAAGGCAGCAGAAUAAGCUUGGACUAUAACAGCCUUUGCAGGAAAGCCAAUCUGCGGAGCUCAUAAAGCAGUUGUGCUUGAGACCCAAACGAAACAUUGACUGCAUGUCUUCAAUGCUUGCUAGAAGUCAUGCUGCGGCUGUGCUAGGUCCCAAGCCACUGCAGCUUGGAACAGGACACAGUGCUAGUUUAUCUGCUGUGACCUGGGCCCUUCAGUAUUUAAAUCAAGCUACUUUGUGCCCCUGUGACAGAGGGUACUUGAUGAUCUACUGCAUGAGAUGAGCUGACAGAAUCAGAAAACAUUAGGAAGUGAAAAUGGGCUCCAAGAGGCUGGCCUUUUCUAGCGAAUUACAGGCCAGAUGCCUGCUCUAUCUUGUGUUCCCAUAUUGGAGAUGUGAGACAGCAGCAUCCUGAAGAAAGUCUUCUGGGAUCCGGGACAGGGGCCUCUAUUCUUGGACUGUCCUAGCCACUCUGAGACUAAUCCACCAAGUGGAAGAGUUGCCUUUGCUUCCAGUGCUGGAAAAGGUUAAGUGCAGCCCAUCCAGCCUAUGGCCCUGUCUCCAUGACACGGGAAUAGACACUGCAUUUUGUAUUACAGAACAGUUCUUGAGCACUGGAGCAGAAUAAUUUGUACUUACCAGGAACUUUCAGCGCACAGAUCUGAAAAAGGGAAAGUACUAGGAUAUCCACUAUACUGCAGAGUGCCAAAAUGUAGUGAAAGGCACUGGUGUGCCUCUACUCUGUUGUACAGAGCAAGCCAUCAAUGGAGAAGACAGCAGCCUCUGUGCCCACUGGUAUGGGUUACAGUGCUCGCAACACACUCUCUUCAUGCUAAUCUCCCAUCUGACUGUGCUUCCCGGGGUGACUGAUCAUUACCAGCUGGUUCCUAUAGAAUAGUAUCGCUAAGUCCUUUAUUGCACUGCUCUGUACUGCAAUCAUUUUUUGCAUAAUAACUGACACCCCAUUAAACUGUCUUGGAUGACCUGUGACUUCCACCUGGUUUUUUUUCAUGGAGUGAAGGCUAAUUUUCCCAGUUAUCACAGUUAAGAAAAAGUGUAGCAUCAUUUUUUUUCUCAGUGUUUUGAAUUCAUAUAAUUUAUUAAAACCGAGAAAGCACAUAAAUAAGCAUCUUAAAUUUUGACUUAUGGUCUGACAUCACUAUUUAAGCAAUGAGCAGUCAUUUAGUUUUGAUUUUGGUAUGAAGUGAAAGUUUGGGCCACAUGUAUCUAUCUGCAAUAUCUAUUGACCCACAAUCAAGAUGGCAAGAUGAAUAUUCCCUGGGGGAAAUAUCUUGCUCUAGAAGGUUUAGAGACAAGCAUCCUUGAACUUUGCAGAGGACUCUGGGAACUACCCCAUUUAUUGCUACCUAACCUCCCAGGAUUGCUGCAGAGGUAAAGAGUGACCCUUUCUGACCUAUUUUUUUUCAAAACACUUAUUUUUUUGAUCAGCAUCACUAAUUAAAGCACUUUUAAUUCUGAAAAAUAUUUUCUCUGGGAUCUUACAGUGUCCUCCUCUAGCUGGACUCACAGCCAGGGCCUUGCCUGAGUAAAAGCAGCAAGAUAAUUCUUAGUGUCUCUGUUGCUCUCCUCCAUCCUGAUCCCUUCUCUAUUCCAGCUAGAAGUGCACCCCACAAAGAAGUGAAGGAUGAUGAAAGUCUAUUAAUUCCAUGUAAAGUGAGAGCACUCCACACUGUCCAAAUUACAUGUAGCAUCCAGUAGGGUCAAGAAAGAAAACAAGUAAGAACAUUAAAAAAGAGUUAAAAUACAAUGCUAAUAACAUUUGACAAUGUAAACAUGCAAAGGAUUCACAGCGAGAAGGUACUGACUGGAUCUUGUUCUUUUUGCUCUGCAUUUACAUUUGCUUCCACUGAACUGGUCUGCCUGCUGUCUGAAAAGAUAAGGUAUAUAGAAAGUAACUCAUGAAUGCCAAACAGCAAAGAUUUCAUAUGCAUAAUUUAUUUUAAAGUUUAUUGUGUCACAUUAUACAAGCAUUAAACAUGGCUUUAUGUUGAUGAUUUA